CAGUCAUAAUCUAAUUGAUUGAUGCAUAAGAGAAUAACGAAUAACAGGAGAGAAAAGACGAAAUAAAAUAAAAAGAAAGAGGAAACAGAAGAGGUGAUUGUUUUUCAUCUCGCAGUAGGUGGUUUCGAUUAUAAAUGUUAGAGGAGAUGAAUGGUAAUAAAAACGAGAUUCAGAUCAUAUGCAAACUCAUUAUUAAAUUCAAACUAAGAAAUAUUUACAACCUUCCAACACCAUAUAAAUAGGCAAGCAUCACAUAGUUCAAUUUAUUCUUUUUUCUAAAUUCUGCCUUUUUUGAUAAAUAGAUCAUCGCUGUUUCUUCUCAUUCAUCUCGUCAAUUAUAUUUAAAUAAAAGGAAUAUUAUGGCUGAACCAUUAAUAUGUCCAUUAUGUAAGAGUAUUAUGGGUAAUUCUAUUGAUGGUAUAGCUAUUUAUGGUUGUGGACAUAUGAUCUGUGGUGAAUGUUUCUAUGAUUUACAUCAUCAAAGUUAUAAAUGGUUUGUAUAACAAAUUGAUACAGUUGCUAAUAUAACAUUAAAUACAUGUUCUAUUGGUAGAACUAAUCGUAUGUUUAUACCAUAUAUAUUUAAUAUAACAAAUUCAUGUUUAAAACUUGAAAAUGAAAUUCAAAUUGAUUUUGAAUCACCUGUUCUUUAUGCAUUAAAACAAGCUGAUGCAUAUAAUGACACAGUACCACCACUGUGUACAGCUAAUGUUCAAAAUGGUGUAUGUCAUGUACAAUUUAUUCGAAAAGAACCAUGUUCAUUUAGUUGGGAUUGGGGUCCAGCUUUUGCUCCAAUUAGUAUUCCAGAUAAUCGAAUUGGUUCACGUUUAAUUGGUUUUCGUACAGUUCAACUUAUACAACAUGAAUAUGGAGCAGGAAAAAAUGGAACAUCAUUUUAUUUUUCUAUUAAUUUUAAAUCUAUAUUAAUAAAAGGAAGUAAUUGGAUACCAUCAGAUUCAUUGCAAGAACGUGUUAGUGAUGAAAAACUUGAACGUUUACUACGUUCAGCUCAAUUAUCAAAUAUGAAUAUGUUACGUAUAUGGGAUGGUGGAAUAUAUGAACGUAAUUCAUUUUAUGAAAUAGCUGAUCGUCUAGGUAUAAUGUUAUGGCAUGAUUUUAUGUUUGCUUGUAGUCUUUAUCCUGUUGAUGAACCAUUUUUAACAAAUGUUCAUGAUGAAGUUAUUUAUCAAGUUAAACGAGUUCAACAUCAUCCAUCUAUUGUACUUUGCUUUGGAAAUAAUGAAAAUGAAGCUGCUGUUGCACAAAAUUGGUAG